GGGUCGUAUAUAUGACAAAUAACUCCCUGCAACUCUUUGUCUGUUUGGUUCUCUCUAUCUAUCCUUGCAUCUCUUUCAUUUUCUCAAGGCUGUCCUGUAAUUUCCUGAAAGCAGAUAUGAGUUUCUACAGGCACUCAGGCCCCCGCAGCUAUCUGAGCUCCACCAUGACCGAGCGUUUCAACUGCUUCUACUGCAGAGAGAACCUGCAGGGCAAGAAGUACGCCAAGAAAGACGACAAGCCUGUGUGCGUGCGCUGCUUCGACAAGCUCUGUGCCAACACCUGUGCCGAGUGUCGCAAGCCUAUAGGUGCUGAUGCAAAGGAGGUGAACCAUAAGAACCGCCACUGGCAUGAGGGCUGCUUCCGCUGUGCCAAGUGCUACAAGCCGCUGGCCAAUGAGCCUUUCGCUGCCAAGGACGAUGGCAAGAUCAUGUGUGGGAAGUGUGGAGACCGUGACGGAUCGCCUCGUUGCCAGGGCUGCUACAAAGUGAUAACGCCAGGAUCUAAGAAUGUGGAGUACAAGCAUAAAGUCUGGCAUGAAGAGUGUUUCAUCUGCUUUGAGUGCAAGCAGCCAAUCGGCAGCCAGAGCUUCCUGACCAAGGGUGAUGAGAUGUACUGCACUGCCUGCCAUGACAAGAAGUUUGCCAAGCACUGUGCCCGCUGCAAAGAGGCCAUUACCAGUGGUGGGAUCUCCUAUCAGGACCAGCCCUGGCACUCGGAGUGCUUUGUGUGUAACACGUGCAAGAAACCUCUGGCUGGAACUCGUUUCACGGCCCAUGAAGAUCAGUUCUACUGUGUGAACUGUUAUAAGGCUGAUGUGGCCAAAAAGUGCUCUGGGUGUCAAAAUCCCAUUACAGGCUUUGGAAGAGGGACCAACGUGGUGAACUACGAGGACAAAACCUGGCAUGAAUACUGCUUUAAUUGCAAAAAAUGCUCCCUCUCCAUUGCUCACAAGCGCUUUGUCUGCAACGGAAAUGACAUCUACUGCCCUGACUGUGCCAAAAAGCUGUGAGGGCCUGAUACGGCUUAUUAAUGAGCAAUUAAGUUAGAGAUGCUGAAAUAGUUGAAGAUGUGUUGAAAUCUAGCAAAGCUUUGAGUGCUCAAGUAAAGAGAAACCAGUGAGGGUGUCUGUGUUGAUAAAUCGCUGGAAGAUUGAGAUAAUUUUUAGCAAGUUCUUGGAACAGAUGUGUGCUAUAUGAAGGGCUUUUUUAUGCAAAACAUGUUACUGCAAUCAUAAAUGCAAUCGCUGGAUUUACAAACCUAACCAUGAAUUUUAAGCUUCAGUUGUUGCAAAGCUAUAGUGAAACUGUGUGAUGUUACAAUAGGAAUACAUGCAUUUUGAUUCAUGGAAAAAAAAAUGGCUUGUUUGAUUAGUUUCUGGUUAAUUCCUUUGAAAUGUUGCUAUUAUGCAUGUCGUUGUGUUAACACAGCUGUAAGAAUGAAAAGAAAAAAAAAAGACAAAAAGCCCCUCAAAAAAAACGAAUGAACAUAAAUCAAACCAUUGCGCAUGAAACAAUAAAUGACUCCAAACAUU